AUGGCCCGAAAUCGCAAAGACAGAGACAGCUGGGGGUCCUUUGCAGAUAAGAAUGUUUAUGACUGGAGUUCCGAGGAGGAGGAGCCUGAUGGAAGGGCGCGACCUAUUCAGGUGCUGGUUGUCAAAGAUGACCACUCCUUUGAGCUUGAUGAAGUAGCAUUGAGCCGCAUCCUGUUGGCAGAGGAGGUGAGGGAUCGGGAGGUGGUGGCCAUCUCCGUCGCUGGAGCUUUCCGGAAGGGCAAGUCCUUCCUCAUGGAUUUCAUGCUUCGUUUCAUGUACAACCAGGCUUCUGAUAGCUGGCUUGGAGACCCAGAUGAACCUCUCACUGGCUUCUCCUGGAGAGGAGGGUCUGAACGUGAGACUACUGGAAUUCAAAUCUGGAGUGAAGUUUUCCUGGUGGACAAACCAGAUGGACGGAAGGUGGCAGUGUUGCUCAUGGACACACAAGGGACAUUUGACAGCCAAUCGACCCUAAGGGAUUCAGCAACUGUGUUUGCUCUGAGCACCAUGAUAAGUUCCAUGCAGGUGUAUAACAUAUCACAGAAUGUUCAGGAAGAUGACCUUCAGCACCUGCAGCUCUUCACAGAGUAUGGAAGGCUAGCCAUGGAAGAGACUUUCCUGAAACCUUUCCAGUCCAUGAUAUUUCUGGUUCGAGACUGGAGUUUUCCAUAUGAAUUCCCUUAUGGCCAGGACGGAGGGAUGAAGUUCCUUGAGAAACGAUUAAAGAUCUCAGAGAACCAACACGAGGAGCUGCAGAAUGUGAGGAAACACAUCCACUCCUGCUUCACCAACAUCUCAUGCUUCCUCAUGCCACAUCCGGGCCUCAAGGUGGCCACCAACCCCCAUUUUGAUGGCAGACUCAAAGAGAUUGACAAGGAGUUCCUUGAUAAUCUGAACGUUCUGGUUACGUGGCUGCUCAGUCCAAAAAACCUGGAUGUGAAAGAAAUUAACGGUAGCAACAUCACCUGCAGAGGUCUGCUUGAGUAUUUCAAGGCAUACAUAAAGAUAUACCAGGGGGAGGAACUGCCACAUCCAAAGUCUAUGUUACAGGCCACAGCUGAGGCCAAUAACCUGGCAGCUGUAGCUGCAGCUAAAGACCUGUACAACAAGAAAAUGGAAGCGGUGAGCGGGGGUGACCGACCCUUCCUAGCGCCCAGCGAGCUGCAGGCGCGGCACGGCGAGAUCCGUGAGGAGGCGCUGGCCGUAUUCCGCAACACGAAGAAGAUGGGCGGCGAGGAGUUCAGCCGACGUUACCUGCAGCAGUUAGAGGCGGAGGUGGACGAGCUUUUCGUCCAGUACAUCAAGCACAACGACUCCAAGAACAUCUUCCACGCCGCGCGCACGCCUGCCACACUCUUCGUGGUCAUCUUCGUCAUGUACGUGGCCGCGGGCAUCACAGGUUUCGUGGGCGUGGACGUGAUCGCCAGCGUGUGUAAUAUGAUACUGGGCCUGGCACUCAUCACGCUCUGUACGUGGGCAUACAUCCGCUACUCGGGCGAGUACCGUGAGCUGGGCGUGGUCAUUGACCAGGUAGCCGGAGCUUUGUGGGACCAGGGAAGCACAAAUGAGGCUCUCUACAAGCUCUACAAUGUUGCUGCCAAUCACAGGCAACUCUACAGCCACGCCUUUCCCGGGGCCCAUGCUGACACACCCAAUGAACAAGAGAGGAAGAGGAACUGA